AUGCACACACCAACAACAACUUCUCCAUUCUCCGAUGCCUUACAUCCGUUGAGACCUAUUUUCCGGUACCACUGAACGCGUUUGUUAACCUAACAUAUUCAAUGGCCGACGACGACGACGACGUCGUUCCAAUAACAUUCAAAACACUCGUCAAAACCGCCGAUAAGAAGUUCUCGAAGGUUCGCGAUAUUCCGGCACACAUUCGUGCACCAAACCACUACUUCUCAACCGUAUUCAAAGCGUACACGAAGCUCUGGAAGUUUCAGCAACAAAACCGGUCGAAAUUAACCGAUUCAGGACUGCAGCGUUGGGAGAUCGGUGAGAUCGCUUCACGAAUCGGCCAGCUUUACUUUAUGCAGUAUAUGAGGACGAGUGAAGUUAGGUUUUUGAUCGAAUCGUAUAUUUUCUAUGAGGCUGUGUUGAAUAGAGGUUAUUUUGAUGCAUCGCAUUGUAAGGUGAAGGAUCGAGGGCUUAGGUUUAAGGAGUUACGGUUUUACGCUAGGUUUUUGCAGGUUUCGUUGAUUUUGAACCGGUGGGAGAUGGUGACGCAUCUUUUGGAUCGGUUUAGGGCACUUGUUGAUGAUAGUAAUAAAACUUUUGGGGAAACUAGCUUUAAAGAAUGGAACAUAGUUAUGCAAGAAAUGGCCCGGUUUAUGAAAGUUGAUGCAGCCAUUACAAACAUGAGGCCUUUACGGUACUGUUUCAUGUUUGAUUCUUAUCCAAAUUCACUGAAGUAUGUUGCACGUUUCCAUGCAAGAAAGGUUCUGAAGUUGCGAGAUGCAUUGCUGAUGAGCUAUCACCGAAAUGAGGUUAAGUUUGGAGAACUUACAAUAGAUACAUUCAGAAUGCUGCAGUGCUUAGAAUGGGAACCAAGUGAAGAGUUAUACCAAAAACAACCUGUUGAUUCUCGUGGGAAUGCUGGGUUGACUAAUCAGUCUUAUUCUUCUGGAUUAAUUGAUAUAAAUUUGGUGGCAGAUAUGAUGGAUCCAUCUUUGCCUCCAAAUCCUAAAAAAGCUCUUCUUUAUCGACCAUCUGUAACACAACUAGUAUCCGUUAUGGCUACAAUGUGUGAUGGGCUUCCUCCAGAUAGUGUUAUGCUUAUAUACAUAGCAGCCUCAGGGAAUUCUGGUCAAAGUCAAACCAGUGUUACACAGAGGCAAAAUAAUCAAAGUGCAAGGACAUCUAAUGUUAGUGAGAGCAAUAAUUUGAUUCCUCAAAAUAAUUUUAAUGAAAAGGAAAGCUCCAGUCAUCCCUUUGAAAGCUCUCUGUGGUUAGGUCCUUCAAGAACUGUAGGUUCAAACGACCUCUACCCCGGGGAUCUAAUCCCUUUCACUAGAAAACCAGCACUUUUUAUUAUCGAUAGCAACAACAGCCAUGCAUUCAAGGUUUUACAUGGUGCCGAAAGGGGGGAACCAGCUGCUUUGUUUCUUUCUCCUUCAAGACCAACAUUCAAGAGUCCGUUAGGUGAUGUCACCCAAUAUGGAAGUCAAUUCACCUUGUUUCUUACCGCACCGUUGCUGGCAUGCUGCCAAAUGCUUGGACUCACAUAUUCUGAUGUUGAUGCAAUGGAAGAGGCUCAUAGUAUUGUUUCAACUGCUUUCUCAGAGUGGGAAGUGAUUCUUUGUACCUCAACUGCCCUUGAUCUAGUGUGGGCCCAGGUUUUAUCGGAACCUUUGUUACGUCGGCUUAUCCUUAGAUUUAUAUUUUGCCGGUGUUUGCUUACGCUAUACCAGCAUGAGGAAGGUAAGGAUCUUUAUGUACCUGUUUGUCUGCCUCAACUUCCAGAUUCCGUGUCUCCACACUCGAGAGUCGUACAGUCAGCCGCCAUCGCAUUAACAAAGCAUCUAAAGGUUUCACAUUGUUUUCGGUUUGACAACUUAUAGCCAUAAGUAGGACCAGAAUGUAAAUCCUUUUUUUUUGAACUGGGUGUGUUUUGUUAAAGCUUAAAAAGAGUGGGGAGUAUAUAUUUCCAACACUUAGGUGAGAUUUGUCUUAAUUAUUUGGCUUGGUAGUUUCUGAUGUAAGGUGUGUAUAGGUUUAAUGUUGGUAGUGGAAAAUAAGUGAUGCUGUCAUGGCCUAUGCAAUACGAAUUUGGGUAUUUUAUAUCUAAAUUAAACCUCUUGAAUCUCGUGAGGUUUCUGA